GACAAUGUCAUUGCUGAGGUGCCAGGCUGAAUGGGAAGAGUUGGAUAAAGAAUUCAAACAGCUGCAGUUAUUUGCUGCAGAACAGCAUCUGAUCUGCCCGGUAUUUAUUUAUGAUGAGUCCAUCCAAAUGGUAACCCAUAGUAUGUGGAUGCUGAGAAACAGUAAAACCAUUGGAUAUCAAAGGAAAGUGGAAACACACAAAGUAUAUAGACAAAAACUUGAUGAGCUUUCAAACCUUCAGGUUAUAUGCAGCAACUCGAUAAGUAAGCAGAAAAGAAGAAUAAAAGAUCUUGCGUGCAGUCUCCGAAGGUAUAAAUAUUCUGCUAAUGUAGAAGAAGCUGAAGUUAUACAGAAAUUUAAUAAUGAUAUCAAAGAGCGACGCAAUGUUUUCUUUGAGAUGGAAGCAUUCUUGCCCAAGAAGAAUGGGCUAUACUUGAACUUGGUGCUUGGAAAUGUGAAUGUGACACUUCUCAGCAAGCAAGCUAAGUUUGCCUACAAAGACGAAUAUGAAAAAUUCAAACUUUAUUUGACCAUCAUCUUAUUACUUGGUACCUUUCACUUCCUUGCAGGAGGCACAAAGCAACUGAUUCACAAAUUGCGAAGUCUCUUAGCUACUCAUUUAAAUGCCACAGCUUACGGCAACUGGGUAAUUGAUGAAAUCUUUAAUUUCCUGCUGGUUUGGUAUUACUGCACAUUAACAAUAAGAGAGAGUGUGCUCAUUAGCAAUGGAUCAAGAAUCAAGGGCUGGUGGGUGUCUCAUCAUUAUGUGUCAACAUUUCUGUCUGGGGUAAUGUUAACAUGGCCUAAUGGGUUAAUGUAUCAGAUGUUUCGCAGCCAAUUUCUAGCAUUUUCCAUUUAUCAAAGAAGAAGAAUUUUAUAUCCAGCAACUAAAGGUUGUGUACAGUUCCUGCAGUAUUAUUACCAGAGUGGCUGUCUUUAUAGGUUGAGGGCCUUGGGGGAAAGAGAUCACAUGGACCUUACAGUAGAAGGAUUUCAAUCAUGGAUGUGGAGAGGUUUAACUUUUCUUCUUCCGUUUCUUUUCUUUGGUCACUUUUGGCAGUUAUAUAAUUCAGUAACACUUUUUGGACUUUCACAACAUGAGCGGUGCAAGGAAUGGCAAGUUUUUGUCCUGGCUCUCACAUUCCUGGUGCUCUUCCUUGGGAACUUUCUUACAACUCUUAAAGUUGUUCAUCAAAAAUUUCAGAAAAAUAAAGAUAAACUGAAGAAGUUAUGAAUGUCUAAAAGUUGCUAAAUAACAUUGCUGAAGAACAUGACAACCAUAUUCCUAUUUUCUUUAUGCUCUAUUUGAGGGUCUGAACACUUUGCACAUUGUGGCAGUUGCAAAUCCAACCUCUCAAACGUUUGAAAAAUCUGAUGCUAGCUGCAUUACAAACACACAUUCUUUGAGAAAGUGACAAUGCUAAUUUGCUUUAAUUUUAAAUGUAUACAUGGACAAAAUUCAUUGUACUUUAAACAGGUUUGUUGAAGAUUAAUUUCAAUGUUAUUAUUUCACACUACAUUGAGAAAUGUUACCAUCCAUAAUGUGAUUUAUUUUAUCAUGAACCUGUUCUGAAAAUGAUGUAGAUGGAGUGGGUAGAUAACAGAAAGAGCAUGUGGACGUACAGAGUAAAUGUUUCUCCAAGAUUAGUUAUUUGGUUAAAACUUUAUCAUGUUUUGACUAGAGUUAUCUGGUUUGUGAAAUUCUGCAAUGUUAAAGAGGGGAAAUAAACUUUGAUUAAAAGUUAAUCUGAACUCACCAAUUAAAAAGGCUGUUCUCCAAUUGAAAGUUUAAUACUGCGCCUUUUAAAAUACAAAGCAUAAUAUUCCUAUAAAUUCCAAAUGCAUUGUUUGUUCAUACCUUGUAGAUGUUGUAUUAACAUCAAGUAAAUGCGUAUUACAAUAUUGAAUUAUUUAAUUUACUGAUAAUGUGUGCAUAAUAUAAAUUUUUAAAACAGCCAUUCAUUCACCCUUCAGCUUUGUUUAUUGGAUUAUUGGCUUGAAUUUUGAUUUAAAGACAACUCCAUGCACUAUCUCUUGUCUGAGAGGGCAAACAAACAACCUCCUAAUGUCUACCAGUGCCAUUUUUAGCUAGUUGCAUUUGCACAGCAUGACUCGGAAUAACUCUGAUCCUUCAGUCUCAUUGCAUCUGGGGGAAGUGCGUGGGAUCCAUAUAAUGCCGAUGCUUGAGAGAAAUCAUUAGGUUGGAUUGUGGGCAACCCUGUGUUGUGCUCUUUAGUAAAAUUAUCUUGCUGAAUGAAUUAACAUUCUUUUUGAAAUUGACAACAUUUUGUGAAUAAUGCUUGGCACAUAUAAGACGCAGGUGUAUUCUCUAACUAAAAUAUCUCAUUUAAUUGCAAACAAUUACAAAUGUUAAUGACUUGCCCAACUUUUUUAACUUCAUUAAUCCAUUUGCUCUUCAUUUAUGCUGGUCUAAGUAUUUUGGAUGUAAAAUUCUGUGAUGUACUCUGUAUUUAUGUGACAUAAAGGUCAUUAAAACCCAUUAGUAUAAUGAGUUUAUAUGUUCUUGUAACACAACAAAUGUAAUUCUUUUUUUCAAAAUAAUGAAGUUUUACAUUUAGAUCAAACAAUUACAUCAAUUUUGGAGUUCUCAGAAGGUUUCCAACAGGCUGGUGAAAUUUUAGUAGACUGCAACUGUGGCUCAUCUAAACCUGAAGAAAACAAAUGUCGGACAACUUGAAUGUGUUUCUUUUGAGUUGAGUUCUGUUUGGUCAAAAGGAAUUUUAUGCUUUUGGCUGUAGCAUUAAAAAUGAUUUACUAUUCACGAAAACUGAACCAAAUCUAAAGAGCACAAAAUAUCAGGUUCAAUAUAAAUUAGUUCAUUAUUUGUUUAAGAUUGAUGUGAAACAAUAAUGAUAUAUUUCAGGGCAUUUCCAAUCUCCUAGCUUAGAAAUGAGCUUGAACACAGCACAAAUAUUGUAGAAACCAAAAAUGAGGACAUAUCUGUUUGGUCUAUUGCGUCACAGCAAAUAUCCAUUAUUCUUUAAAAAUGAAGGCAUAUUUACCUUAAUGCAUUGAAAAACAACAAGCAUUGCAGCUAUGCCAUUGUUGCCAAAUGUGAAGUGUACUGAGACAAUGGAUAUUGGCUGUGAUAUAGGCAAUGUGAUUUAGCAUUUAUUAAAAAUGUGUUCUUUUGGAUCGCACACUUUAAUUGGCAUCAAAAUCUGGAAUUUUUAAUGUUAAUCUGAUAUUUUAUUAGGUGCUUGAAAGAUAUUGCAAUGACUCCUAGCUUAUGUGAAAAUCUACUUGUUCUGGAGCAAAAAUAUGGGCAGAAAUCAAAUACUGUUUGGAAAAAAUUAUAAUUUGUAAAUGAAAUCCCUGUGCAAUAGAUAUUUAUGGUUGUGUUAUAAGCAGCAUAUUGCUAAUUGCAGUUUUCAUUUUUGACUGGAAAAGAGUCUAUAGAUGCCUAUGCAGCUGAAAAUAUGUACAUGAUUGACUUUUAGAAGUGUUCAAUGGGAUUAUGUCAAAUAGUGUCAUGUUGGGCGGUCACUAAGAUCUCUGCAUUCUGAAACCUAGCUAUCACCAGGAAAUUAUGUGUGAAGCUUUUUAAAGUUAAUGCAGUGUUUUCAAUUGGCUCAUGCUUGAAAAUUAAAAUUGUUUUUACUGUUUGUAACUGGACAAACAACUUUUUGAACAAUAGAGCAGAAUCUUACUGAAUAAAAUGGGAGCAGCUGAAUAUCUACCUGUUAAAUGUCAAAUAUUAAGUUACUUAAAAAACCUGAAAUCACAUUAUCAGGCAGGUAUCAUUUAAUUUAUUUUAAUACUAAACUGCAACAGUCCAGUAAUAAGCUACAUUUUUUAACAAAUUGCUUCAUUUGGAUCCCAGUAGAAUUUGGGAAGGAUGUGGAACAUUCCAUACGCAGCUCUUUUUCCGAUCCAUUGAUGAUGUCUUCAGAGCUGCUUCCUGUUCUUGUCCACAGUUAGAAAAAUUUAAUCAAUUUUGCUUCUGAUUUCCAUUCUUUCAUCUUCACCACUACCUGGUCCAUCUCUGACUCUUCCCUCCUCUUCCUUGACUUUACUGUUCCCAUUUCUGAGGAAAGGCUGUUCACCAAUAUCCGUUAUAAGCACACCGAUUCCCACAGUUACCUCAGCUAUAUCCCCUCACACACCCCACUUUUUCUGCAAAGAAGCAGUUCCAUUUUUUCCACUCUCGCUGCCAUUUAUUAGAUUAGAUUCCCUACAGUGUGGAAACAGGCCCUUCAGCCCAACAAGUCCACACUGCCCCUUGAAGCAUCCCACCCAGACUCAUCCCAGUAUAAUCCACAUACCCCUGAACACUGUGGACAAUUUAGCAUGGCCGAUCCACCUAGCCUGCACACCUUUGGACUGUGGGAGGAAACUGGAGCACCUGGAGGAAACCCACGCAGACGCGGGGAGAAUGUGCGGGGUUUGCACGGACAGGUGCCCGAGGCUGGAAUCAAACCCGGGUCCCUGGUGCUGUGAGGUUGCAGUGCUAACCACUGAGCCACUGUGCUGCCCUAAUCUGUUGAUGUCACCUCCACCAGGCUGCUUCCAGCAUGAAUUCCUUUCUUCUCGACUGAAAAUGCCCCCAUCGCACCUGCCUGCUCCACUCUUUUUCCAGGACAACAGUAGGGUUCCCUGUCUGUCCAACUGCUCUUCUCUCUCUUUGAACUCUAUGCCCACCUAUCGUUUACUCCUGACCCCUUCCUUCCACCCUAUCUUCUGCAUAUUAACCAACAAUUUCCUAGUACCAUCAGUUCUGAGGAAGGGUCACCAAACCUGAAAUGUUAACUCUGAUUUCUCUUCGGAUGCUGCCAGACCUGCUGAGCUUUUCCAGCAAAUUCCGUUUUUGUUUGUGAUCAGGUUCCUUUUGUCCUUGCUUGCCACCCCAUUCGUCUUCUCAUUCAAAAGUUCAUCCCUGCCACCUCCAGCAAGAUGCCACCACCAAACACAUCUUCCCUGCCUCUCCACUGUCAGCAUCGUGCAGGAACUAUUCCCUCUAUGUUCUGGUAUUUCACUUGUACUUCUUUCAAUCUAGUCUGUUGCAUUCACUGCUCAUGAUGCAGUCUGCAUUACAUUGGUGAGACCAAAUGUAGACUAGGUGACCACUUCACGGAAUACCACCUCUGUAUCCCUAGGAAUGACCUUGACCUCCCAGUUUCUUGUCAUUUCAUUAAACCAUCUUGCUCUUGUGCUAACAUAUAUAUCCUGGCCUGCUGCGAUGUUCCAACACAGCACAUUGCAAGCUUAAAGAACAAAAUCUCAUUUUCUGUCUAGGUAUUUUCCAGCCUUGAGGCCUCAAUAUUUUGAAUUCAGUAAUUUCAGAAACUGACCACAUUAUGACUUAUCCAUUUUUCCUGCCUUUUUUAUUCCUCUUUUUCUCGUGUGUGUGUGUCUCUCUCUCUCUCUCUCUCUCUCUCUCUCUCUCUCUCUCUCUCUCUCUCUCUCGCACUCUGUCUCUGUUGCUGCCUAUCUGUCUGUGUGUUUCUCUCCCUGUCUCUUUCCCCAUCCCCACCCCCAACCCCGAUCUCCCCCAACAACACUGUCUUGUUUCUCCUUGGUAUAGAGGAGCCAUUCCCUCAUUUUCUCACCUUACCUUUACACACAUUUUGCAUCUCUUUUCCCCUUCCUCACCAUUAACAACCCCUUUUGUCAUUUGCACUGAGUUUCUGCCCCUGCCAAAAAAAAUUUACAACACCUUUCCUGUCUGACAAAUACAUAGUGGACUGGAAAUAUUAAUUCUGUUUCUCUAUCCAGCGAUGCUUCCAGAGCUGUUGAGUUUCUCCAGAAUUCUCUGACCCAGAUUUCCAGCAUCCACAGUAUUUUGCUUUUAUUUCAAUGCUGAGGACAGUUGCACAUAAUGUGAUUUUUAAGAAGGACACCAACAAGGAAUUUGAACUUAAUGGCAUAACACACUAUCAUACACAAUGAAUGUGAAAUAAACUUUCUGUGAGCGAACUACUUAUUGAAAUCCUGUGAUGGACGUUUUAUAAAAAUGUCCCCUAUUAUGGGGAUAAUCAUUUAUAAAUGGUUUAUAACUGAGCAGAACACCGUUGUAAUAAUGUGUGGUCUCCACUUAAAAUGUCUCCUAACUGCAAAUGCUCUUUCAUGAAGUGCUGAUUAUAAAUAUAUGCUUCCUGGAUAAUUUUUAUUUAAACGUUUGCAACUGCCAUUCCUUCAUAAGGUUCAUAUACUGUGAAAUAGAAUUAAGACAGAAGAUCUGUAUGGAUUUCUGAUUGUUGCAAGGAAGAUUUGGCCUUUGUAUGGGGCUUUUACUGUAAUGUUAUUUGUGUAAAA